AUGGGGCGAGGCAGGGCACCGUGCUGCGCCAAGGUGGGGUUGAACAGGGGCUCGUGGACGCCGCAGGAGGACAUGCGCCUCGUCGCCUACAUUCAGAAGCACGGCCACUCCAACUGGCGCGCCCUCCCCAGGCAAGCAGGCCUUCUCCGGUGCGGGAAGAGCUGCCGGCUGCGGUGGAUCAACUACCUGCGCCCGGACCUCAGGCGCGGCAACUUCACCGCCGACGAGGAGGAGACCGUCAUCAAGCUGCACGCCUCGCUCGGCAACAAGUGGUCAAGGAUCGCGGCGUGUCUGCCCGGGAGGACGGACAACGAGAUCAAGAACGUCUGGAACACGCACCUCAAGAAGAAGGCGUCGCAGUCGCAGACGGAGCAGAAGCCAGCCACGGACAAGAACAACCGCGAGGCGGCCAACGGAGACUCCAACGACGCGCCGGUCCCGUCGCUGUCUUCUGGGUCCUCAUCGACGGCGAUAACGACGACGAGCAACGGCUCAAGCGGCGGCGGCAGCGACACGGAGGCCGGCGAGCAGUGCGAGACGACCAAAGAACCCGAGAUGACCGAUAUGCUACCCCCUCUCGAACUCGAGCUCGAGCUCGAGCGAGACCUCGACAUCUUGGACAUGCUGUUCGAUGCGCCAGAGGAGGCGUGCCCGGCCGCUGCGCCAAUGCUAACGUCUUCGUGCUCGUCUUCCUCCUUGACGCCGUGCAUCGGCACAGUGGAGGAGCUGCUCGAGCUGCCGGAGAUCGACAUGGACACAGACAUCUGGAGCAUCAUCGAUGACGAUUUCGCGCGCCUACAUGGCGAUGCAACAGUGCCAUGUAGUACGACAAACGCCAGUCAACAAGAGGAGGCAAAGGAGUGGUGGUUGGAGGAUUUGGAGAGGGAGCUCGGCCUGUGGGGGCCCACGGAGGAAUCCCAGCCGCAAGUGGACCCACACGACCAGAUAGGCUGCGACAAUGUGUGCUCCUAAUUCUAGUCCAGGCCCACCACCCCUGCCUCCAGCAGAUCGGAUCACCAGAGGCGUGUCCGAUUCUGAAUACAGUACGUAGAAGGUUGAGUAUCACAGUUUCACACUGAACUCAGCGGAGAGAUCAUACAACUUGGAGAAGUUUCCAACGAAACGUUUGGACUUGUUUAUUUGGUUUCGGUAUUUGGAACAAACUGAAGAGCUAGGUUCAUUACUUAGAAAGAAUGCACAUACUACAAAUUAAGGGAAUGAAGUUCAGGUCAAUACUAGGCCAGUAAUGAAGAACACAAGUUCCCUCUGUUACUCGUCAGUUUAAUCAAAUGUACUUUGAAUAUAUGUA